AUGGCACGCAUCAUCAUUUCCCUGCUCUCAGCAGCACUGUUCUUGUUCUCAGUCGCAAACGCACAAUUUCAAUUCUUUGAGCAGAUGUUCAAUGGUCAGCAACAGCAGCAGAGACAAGAACCACAGAAUGUACCGAGCGAUUCCAAUUGGUACCAAUCGAACUACGAGAAUGCACACUGUUCAAACUACCUCUGCCCGGAUACCUUGGCCUGCGUUCACUUUCCACACCAUUGCCCUUGCCCGCACCCUAUGUACGAGGAGAAGUUCGAAUUGGGUGAUGGCAAGAUGAUCUGCGUAUCAAAGGGGGGAUUCAAGGAGGGUGAGGCGGCGAGAAAAGUCGAGUUGGCAAGGAAAGGGCUGCUAUGA